AUGGGGGAUUCAAAGAAUGGUAGCGCGUACGGCCAAGCUGCCAGCGACACCGACUUUCGCAAGAAUUACGACCUCGACGAAUACGCCGCCAAAGCCAAGGAGCGAGAGGCAAGAGAGAAGGAAGAGUCCAAGGCACGAUGGGAGGCGAAAGUCGCUGGGAAGAAGUAUCACAAACCAUUGACUGGCGACGAAACAUUCACGACGGCCCGACGGAAUGUGCUCGACCUGAGUGCGCAGGUUGGAAAGACACAGCUGGUUCCUGCGGGCGCAGGUGUAGGGAAGCGAGGGCGAGGUGCCGGAUUCUACUGCGAGUCCUGUGAUUUGACGUUCAAGGACAACAUUUCAUACGUGGAGCAUCUCAACACGCCUCAACAUUUGAUCAAUACGGGCCAAACUACUGAAGUCAAGCGAGCAACCGUCGAAGAAGUUCGCGAGCGAAUAGACUUCUACAUCCGUAAAAGGGAAGAGUUAGAAAAGGAAAGGGUGACGACUUUGGACGAACGGCUACAGCUACGGGAGGAGGAGAGGGAGAAGGAGCUUGAGGAGAGAAGAAAGAAGAGGAGGGACGAGGCGGAAAAGAAACGAGUGGCAAAGGAAGAGGCGGAAAAGAUCAAAACCGAGUACGGUGAUGAUGUGAGAAUAGAAGGAGAACACGACGAGGAUGACAUGCUCGCCCAAAUGGGCAUUUCGGGGUUCGGUUCUUCGAAGAAAUGA